AUGAAGACCACAAUCGCCCUCCUCACUCUCGGCUGCGCUAUGAUCCAAGCCCAAGCCAGACAAUACUGGAUAGUCGUAGGCAAUCAAAUCGCUCUAGGCGACGGGGCCACAGUCAAUGGUAAUCAAUACCCACAAUGGGUGGUUGACGACGGUAACGUGAGCGAAUGCGAACCAUUCGACGAAUGCAACAAGGGUGACAUCAAUGCCCCUGGUCUCGAAUAUCUAUACGAAACUUACCCGCAAACAGUCACUAUGUAUGGCUCAUGUGGUAGAGGAAAUGUGGAUUUGUAUAAGAGCGGAGAUACCACUUGGAAUGCUUAUACCAGUGGAGGGGACGGUAGUGUUAUAGGCACCUGCGAGAAUGACAGAAGCUGGGAUUGUCUCAAAGAAGAGCUGGGUUCAUGGGGAGUCAAGUCAUUCAUCAGAUGUCAACUCGAAUGGUGA